GGGAGGCUGAGCAAAGGCGCUUGCGUUCGCCGUAAACAAAUUUCCUUUAACAUUACACCGGCGUGGUCGGAAGAUCGGUCUUUUGCAUGACAGGAGAAGGAGAAGUGACAACGGCAUGUAGCUUAAAACAGUGGAGCUUUGAUGCACACCAUUUCACUCUGAUUUGCACUGGCAUUUUACCACUCAUUUUGUAUCAAUGCUGUCUCUGACAAUUCCUCUGUGGUCGUUGUUAGAUUAUAUAUUAGCGCCCGCUUUAUGAUAUUUACAUGCGCGAUGGCGACAGCCGCAGAACACGAUUUCACCUUUGCUGAAGCGGAGAGCAACAAAGAGAAAGAUCAAGUCUUCGGUAUCCUCAGGUUGCAAGAAGAGAAAUCGACUGAAAAAUCUGCCACCGCCAUGAAAGCGGGAGACGGGAGGUGGCAGGCGCCCAUAUUUGCGCUUGCUAGGAAAGCAUCGGAGACCUUUUCAGGAAGCAUCCACGUACUUCCAAAGGUAGCGGAACCGAAAUCACCCCCCUUUUCAGAUGAUUGGGGCGCAAAGGCUCUCCGGGACCCAAUGACCAUGGAGCGGUCCAACCUGCUCAACAUGGCCAAGCUCAGUAUCAAGGGCCUGAUCGAGUCCGCCUUGAGCUUCGGCCGCACCCUGGACUCCGACUACCCCCCCCUCCAGCAGUUCUUUGUCGUCAUGGAGCACUGCCUGAAACAUGGCCUGAAGGUGAAAAAGUCAUUUCUGGGCUACAACAAGUCGCUGUGGGGUCCCCUGGAGAUGGUGGAGAAGCUUUGUCCAGAGGCCAGUGAGAUUGCAGCAAGUGUGAGAGACCUACCUGGACUUAAGACACCACUGGGUCGAGCUCGGGCAUGGCUGCGUCUGGCUCUAAUGCAGAAGAAGUUAGCCGACUACCUCCGCUGUCUCAUCACCAGGAAGGAUCUACUGAGUGAGUUCUACGAGUGUUCGGCUGUGAUGGUGGAGGAGGAGGGUGCGGUCAUAGUGGGGCUGUUGGUUGGACUCAACGUCAUCGACGCCAACCUGUGUGUGAAGGGCGAGGACCUGGACACACAGGUUGGGGUGAUAGACUUUUCCAUGUACCUGAAAAACGACAUUGAUGACUACAGAAGUGAAGAAAGAAAUGGUCAAAUAGCUGCUAUUCUGGACCAGAAGAACUAUGUGGAAGAACUGAACAGACAGCUGAACUCCACGGUCCACGGCUUACAAGGACGGGUAGACUCGUUGGAGAAGUCGAACACUAAACUCAUCGAGGAGCUUGCCAUCGCGAAAAACAACAUCAUCAAGCUGCAGGAGGAGAACCAUCAGCUCAGAAACGAGAACACCGUCAUUCUCAUGAAAACCCAGCAGCACCUUGCAGUGUCUCAGGGGGAUGUGGAUGUGGAGUUGGACACGUACAAGCAGUCAAGGCAGGGCCUGGACGAAAUGUACAACGAGGCACGGAGACAGCUAAGGGAGGAGUGCCAGCUCCGACAGGAUGUGGAGAAUGAGCUGGUGGUGCAAGUCAGUAUGAAACAGGAAAUGGAACUGGCCAUGAAGCUGCUGGAGAAGGACAUUCAUGAGAAACAGGACACUCUGAUCGGUCUAAGGCACCAGCUAGAUGAGGUCAAGGCCAUCAACGUGGAGAUGUACCAAAAAAUGCAGCGUUCUGACGACAACUUGAAACAGAAGAAUGACAUCAUCACACGGCUGGAGGAGAAGACCAAUCAAAUAACAGCGACCAUGAAGCAGCUUGAACAAAGAUUGCAGGAGGCGGAGCGCGAUCGCUGGUCUGCGGAGGAUGGAGCCCGCAAGUUCAAGCAGGACUUUGCCAAUAAAGCAGACUGCCUGCAGAAGCAGAUCAGCCAAAGAGAGACACAGCUGCUUCAGUUGGAAACCGACUUGAAGAUUGAGAAAGAGUGGCGACAGACGCUACAGAAUGAUCUGGAAAGAGAGCGAGAAACUGUAGCCCAGCUAAGUGCUGAGGCGCAACAGAUUAACGGACUGAAGAAGGAGUUCCACAGACUGCAGGAUGAGAACAGGCAGCUGCAGGGAAUAUGUCGGGAACAGGAGCAGGCACUCCAGGAACUUGGCUGCAAACUUAGCGAAUCAAAAUUGAAAAUAGAAGACAUAAAAGAAGCAAACAAAGCACUGCAGGGGGGCCAAGUGUGGCUAAAUGACAAGGAUGCCACCCACUGCAAGCUUUGUGAAAAGGAGUUUUCCAUUUCCAGAAGAAAGCACCACUGUCGAAACUGCGGGGAGAUCUUCUGCAACGCCUGCUCUGACAACGAGCUGCCCCUUCCCGCCUCCCCCAAACCCGUGAGAGUCUGCGACACCUGCCACGCCCUCCUCCUCCAGCGCUGCUCCUCCAAUGCUACCUGAUUGGCCAGGGGUGAUGUGACCUAAUAUGACCACGCCCACCUCAGCUUUCACCCUCAUCCACAGGACUGCAAACCAAAAGGCCACAGCAAGACUGCCCCGCCUCUUACAGGCGCCAGUCAUGUACAGAAAGGGUGUGUGUGAGUAGAGAGCCCAUGGAAAAUCAAUCCCUUUUUCAUUUCAAACCAUGUCUUAUGUGAUUUGUGAGACCGGUAUACUGUAUAUACAGUAAUUGUGUGCUCUCACGUUAAGAUCCCUGCCUCAGUCAACAUUUCUCCUGAACUUUGACUUUCAUGUACAAACAAAAGUGUUAUACGUUUUCUUCACAAACUUAUUUUGGUGCCAAACUGUUUGUGAAAACAAUUUGUGCUUUUAAUUGUUGGUCAAAGUUGAGGACAACUGCUGAUUGAAUCCAUGCUAAUGAAACACUAUGGCCUAGAUUCAGUACACAUUUUUCCUUACAGUGAAAAAAGCUCGUCCAAAAUCAAUGUACAAAUUCGCUUCUUUUCAAUACUUAAUGUAUUACGAUGAAUCCACCAAAUUCUGGCAUCGUUGGCAUCAAUAUUAAAAAAUAAUGAAUCUGUUUACAAGCAUAUACUGUAGCUAAACAGGGUCAAUCUUGCCCUUACUGGUAGAAAACGGAGAGCUCCACCAAUCCAGGGAUGGUGAAAUAUGGAUGUGGAGCAUUGAUGUUGGUACUUUUCGUACUUCCACAUACUGUAGCUAGGCAAACUGUCGAAGUUGCCAGACUUUACCAUGAAAUUUCAAGCACCUGUGGGUACAUACUUCCAUUGUUUCUCGACUCUGGUGCUAACAAUGCUAGCUACUGGUGGUUCCACUAGUUUAUGUGGAUUCCAUUAGAAUCAAAGGGAAUCGUAUUUAAGUACAAGGAAUUAUAUUUCCAUUGAUUCUGACUGAAAAGUCACUUAAUUUGUCACAAUAAUUUGUGGCUUUUAUUAUUGAUCAUUGUGCUCAAUGAUCAUCCAAAUGAGGGGGGGGGGAAUCCACUUGAAUUUAUUUGUAAUCAUUUGUAAGUUCAAAUCUAAAAUGUUGACUGAAUUUAAGACCAAUCAUCCCAAGAAUUGAUGUUCGUAAAAUCCUGCUUGUGUGUGAGAGUACAGGCUCAUUAUGGAGAUUAAGCUGGAGGUUGAAAAAUAUUACUGCAGCAACAGCCUUUGCUUCAGUAAAUAUGUGCAAAUGUUUCACCCCUAAAAAUGUCAACUGUGUAAGACUUGAAGAUAAGUUGUCUGCAGAAAAUGAAGUAUUAAGACACUAUACAGAGCAUAAGACUGGAAAUUGAAUUAAUAAGAGAAGAAUCCUGUGCCUAGUUGGUUUAAUGAACAGGAUCAUUACAGACAUUUCAUAUUGCAUGAAUUCCAUUUUUAUUUUCACUUUUAUUUGUCAGGGAUGGUCUGAAUUUCAUAAUUCACAUGUGCCUGAGAAAUUAAAUUCAGAUUAUAUAGCCAAAACAAUGGUGGUCUUAAGAUUUUUCAGUGCAGUUUGGGAGGAAAAUGCAUUUCAGAAGGCCCUAUUUUUUCAUGAACCCAAAUGUUCCCAGUGCUGCCUAACAUUAAGAAACAGAAACUACAGCACAGCGACUUGUUUUAUAUUAUUGUAAUUAUUUUAAAUAUAUUACUGACAAAUGCCUAUAUUCCUAAGACUGUUAUAGUAAUAUUAGAAAUUAUUUAUAGAGCAUAGCACAUACUUCCAGUAAGCAAUUAUGCCAAUCAAAAUCUAAUUUUUUUCCCCAAGAAGCAGUAUUUUUUGAUGUAAUGAGUUAACUUACUCACGCAAAAGGCCAAAGGUGCCAAAUGUUCAGAAUGCAGUUGUACUGUAACAUUCCUGGUAACCACAAAACCAGGGCUGACUAACCCUGUUUCUGAAGAUCUAGACUUAUAUGUUUUCAUUCCAACGCCAACAAAGAACACCUCAUUCAACAACUAGAGAUCUCCUUAAGCUGCAAAUUAGUAGACUCAGGUGCAAAAUUAGGGUUGAAAUGGACGCCUACAGGAUGUUUGAUCACCAGGAACAGGGUUUGGCAGUUGUGUACUAAGCUGUCCUAUACAUUUAUUGUAUAUAGGUUUUGUACGUCAAGUGAUUUGUGUACAGUUUAAAUGAAAUGCUCCGAAACUCCUUUUCCUGAUCUCCUUUUUAAAAAACCAUGUUGCGAAUUUCAAACAAGUUUUGUGUCACUGCUUUGUGAAUGUAACAGGAAGUCCAUAUAUUGUCUGCACAGUAUAUUUAAUUGCAAAAAAGGCCAUUGUAUGUUUACAAUGAAGACUGACUGUUUCUGUUGACAAUGCCGAAGCAUUGAGAUUGUUGCUAUUAAUGUACAAUGCCUUUAAAGUGAAAUCUGUUCACUGAUUAUAAA